GCUCGCGGUGCCUCGCGGGCUACGACCGCACGAAGCCGCACAUGAAUGUCGGGACGAUAGGGCACGUGGACCACGGCAAGACGACGCUGACGGCGGCGAUCACGAAGGUGCUCAGCGAGCGGGGCAUGGCCGAGGCCACGGCCUUCGGGGACAUCGACAAGGCCCCCGAGGAGCGCGCGCGCGGCAUCACGAUCAACAGCGCCCACGUCGAGUACGAGACGGACAGCCGCCACUACGCGCACGUCGACUGCCCCGGGCACGCGGACUACGUCAAGAACAUGAUCACGGGCGCGGCGCAGAUGGACGGCGCCAUCCUCGUCGUGUCGGCGACGGACGGCCCCAUGCCCCAGACGCGCGAGCACAUCCUGCUCGCGCGCCAGGUCGGCAUCCCGCACCUCGUCGUCUUCAUGAACAAGUGCGACGCCGUCGACGACGAGGAGCUGCUCGAGCUCGUGGAGAUGGAGAUCCAGGAGCUGCUCGACUUCUACGACUUCCCCGGCGAGGACACGCCCAUCAUCCGCGGCAGCGCGCUCUGCGCGCUCAACGGCGAGAAGAAGGAGCUCGGCGAGGACAAGAUCGUCGAGCUCAUGGACGCCGUCGACUCCUACAUCCCGCUGCCGGACCGCGACGUCGACAAGCCCUUCCUCAUGCCCGUCGAGGACGUCUUCUCCAUCGCCGGCCGCGGCACGGUGGUCACGGGCCGCGUCGAGUCCGGCGUCAUCAAGACGGGCGACGAGAUCGAGAUCCUCGGCCUCAGCGACGCGCCGACGAAGACGACGUGCACGGGCGUCGAGAUGUUCAAGAAGUCGCUGGACCGCGGCGAGGCCGGCGACAACGUCGGCGCGCUCCUGCGCGGCGUGCGCCGCGACGAGGUCCAGCGCGGCCAGAUCCUCGCGGCGCCGGGGACGGUGCCGAUGACGAAGAAGUUCGAGGCCGAGGUCUACGUGCUCACCAAGGAGGAGGGCGGCCGCCACACGCCCUUCUUCUCCAACUACCGCCCCCAGUUCUUCAUCCGCACCGCCGACGUCACGGGCACCGUCGACCUCCCGGACGGCGUCGAGAUGGUCAUGCCGGGCGACAACGCGACGCUCAACAUCGAGCUCAUCUCCCCCCUCGCCAUCACCGAGGGCCUCAGGUUCGCCCUCCGCGAGGGCGGCAAGACCGUCGGCGCCGGCGUCGUCUCCAAGGUCGUCUCCUAGGGCGCCGCCGGGGUUCCGGGGUAAGGACGUCCCCCC